AUGGGUUUCCUCGGCAUCCUGGAGGACACAAAACUUGCUCACGUUCCUGCUACUGUCAUCCUAGACGAUGUCCACAACACUGGCAAUGCAAACAGCAGUACCUCCUCUCUCAAACACGGCACAGGCAGGCACUCUCACGUCGUACUUGUUCCUCAACCAUCCGAAGACCCUAAUGAUCCACUCAACUGGCCAACUCACAAGAAGACAGUGAUCAUGAUGCUUGCAAGCUUGGGCGGUUGCAUCUUCGCCUCGACCUUUGGACCGCUUUUGAACGCUGGACUGUUCGUUGUCGCGCAGGAGUUGGAUCGAACAUUGACGGAUAUCACUGUCACUAGUGGAUACACUCUUCUCGUCGCUGGAUCGAGUGGAGCUUUUGUCUCCGCCUUCUCCCAGAAAUGGGGAAAGCGUCCAGUCUUACUCGUAUCUGCUCUUUUCGGAUUUAUUGGCUCUAUUAUGGGUUCGACUGUCACAAGCUACCAUACACUUCUGGCCGCACGCAUAGUACAGGGGUUUGCGACAGCUGCUUACGAGAGUCUGAUCAUCUCAAUGAUCGGAGACCUCUAUUUCGUGCACCAGAGAGGUGUAUAUGUGGCCCUCACGAGCUUGAUCUUAGGAGGCGUCUCCAACUUCUCGAGUGUCAUCUGCGGAGCUAUCACCAAGAACCUGGGGUGGAAGUAUCUAUUCCAUUUCUGCACAAUGGCAUCAGGUCUUCACUUGAUACUCUCUUUCUUUUUCUGGCCUGAAACUCAAUAUCGACGGGAUCACCGCUAUGAUAUCGAUGAGUUAAUUGACGACAACCUUGAUGAACUCGUUGGGGUGGAAAAACGACAUCAGGCCGAGCUCGAAGACAUCGAGAAGACGGCGACGACAGUUUCUUCAAGUUCAGCUUUCCACAUUCCACCAAAGAAAACAUUUAUGCAGGAGCUGGCAAUCUUUUCAGGCAUAUACUCGUCCCAGAAUCUACUCAAGCUCAUCGCGGCACCGUUUCUUGUCAACACCAACCUCGCCGUGCUAUUUGUUGUUGUUAUCACUGGCAGUCUGACCGCUCUCUAUGUUGCGAUGUCUUUUGUGAUAGCACAAAUCUUUUCAGCUCCGCCAUACCUCCUCACACCUUUUGGAGUGGGCAAUCUCUUUAUCGGACCGUUCAUUGGCGGUCUGGUAGCUGUUGUGUUCGUCGCGGCGACCUAUGAUGGUUUCAUCAAAUGGUGCUCUCGAAAGAACAAUGGUGUAUAUGAGCCAGAAUACCGUCUGCUCCUGAAUUGGUUCGGCAUAGUGGCUGCAGCAGGCCUAGUCGGGUUUGGUGUGUUGUGCCAAAACAGUGCAAGUUAUUAUGCGACCGCAACGAUGCACGCAAUUGUGCUUUUCGGAAUCGUUGCCUCGUCCACCGCCCUCAAUUCGUAUGCUCUUGACGCUUUCAGAGACAUGAGCAAUGAGAUCUUCGUUGCCGGAAUUAUUUACAAAAACUUCCUUUUCUACGGCUUCUCAUAUUUUGUCAACAACUGGACCGCAACAGCUGGACCCAAAGUUGUCUUUGGUACCUUCGGUGGUGUCGCUGCUGCUCUGGUAUUGACUACCCCAAUCUUUUUCCACUGGGGCAAACGCUAUCGCAGCCACUGGGCAAGACAUAAUAUCCUGAAGAAGUUGUCCAUCGAAACCCAUGCCAGCUUGUAG